AUGGAUCCCUUUACCAUAAACUCUCCCGGGUUUACUUUGCUCUUAGCUUCGCAGAGCAGUCCAACAAUGGACUGCAGCUUUGCUGAGGCAGUAGGCAACUCUCUCGGGUUAGUGAAACCGGUGAGAAUUGAGGACUACUUCAAUUCAAGCGCUCAGCUCACUGGCUCCGUUGCUAGAGAGUGGAGUCAGUGUAAGCAGAGGUGGGGAAGGGUGAACGAGCAGGUGUGCAAGUUUGUGGGGAGUUAUGAGGCGGCUUUGAAGGAGCAAUCUAGUGGUCAAAAUGAGAAUGAUGUCAUGAAGGCUUCCCAUGACAUCUUCUUUAAUGAUUACCAUGUGAAGUUCACCAUGGAACACUGUUGGAGGGUACUGAGAUAUGAUCAGAAAUGGAAGUCAUACUCGAAGUCCAGAGAUGGCGCGAAGGAGAAAAGGAAGGAGAAUGAAGAGGUGAUGCCUGAGGAGGAGGUUAGACCGGCGGGUGUAAAGGCUGCGAAAGCAAGCAAACGCAAGCGGCACGGGAAUGAAGCUGCUUUCGAUCAAACAGAGAGCAUCCUAUAUGCGAGAAAGAAAAUUUCCCAACAGAAACUCCUUGAUCGUCUCCUUUCCAAAAAUGAGACUGAUCUAUCUCCAAACUAA